UGGACGUGGAUAGUGUCGUGAGGUGCGACCGUGUAAACAUAGUUAUCUACCGUAUGAAGUAUUUGUGAAGCUCCGCAUUGAGCAACGUUUCGCAAAACGCUUCUGCGGGCGACAAUACCAUGACAAGAGGCGAAGACAAAUACCCAACUUGUUAUCUUAUGAAUAAUGCCGAUUAUGUUGGGUAAACACACGCACACGCGACCGAGUGCAUUUUUCACGAUUCUUUAUCGUAUACAGCAUGUUUAAAUCUUAUUCAAUAUUACAUAAAUCCUCGCAAUUUAUGCGAGAUGAGUUAACGAGAAACCAGUCUCCCAUUGUUAAAGGGAACCUUUGAGGCAACAAACAAAAAUAUUCACAGAAAGUAAAAGUAGCGAAAAUAUUUGUCGAUCUAUUGACAGUACCGAGAUACCUAUUAAAAGUUAAAAUGUGUGUAAAAGUAGUAAGUUUCAAUAAUGUCUUGAAACCACGGUCAGUCAGGCUAAGCUCUACUAAUUCAAUUUUUGUAGUUCUAAAAUAAUUGUCAAAAAUAUGUUCUUAUAAGGAUUUAAUAGAAAUCUUUGAAAUUGUUAUAAUUAUUAGUUUAAUCUAGGAAAAAGCUGUAGAGACAUGUAAAAGCUCAUCUUGCCACCAGUCACAAAACUACUGUUUAUUUUCUGUCGUACUUUCGUUCGGAGCUUAUUUAUAAGUCUUUUGGUAAGUCAAGCCUUUUACCAUAAUUACGAAAUGUCCAUUGUUGUCAUUCAGCGACGCAUGUGGCAUGAUUUAGAUACAACCUGUGCGUGCUGGCGGCGGGCGGCGGCGCACGAGUCACCUAGAUGUACCACCUAUUGUCCACACCGCAUGUGGCCAACGCAGGGUGAGCCGCCGACAAAACCAUUACCUCAUACUUUCAAUACUGGGUUACGAGAAUUUUACUUCAAGGUCCUCGUUUAGAAGCAAAUAGAGGAGGUAUAAAUGCAAAGACGAGCAACAAUAACACACAGUUGGAAUUCAGCAACUCGUCCGAAAAUGUAUGCGAGCGUCGGUUUUAUUUUAUGCCUCUUUAUCGGGAGUAGUGUGUCAUACUACCCGCAAAGAGAGGCACCGUACUACACUGGGCCCAGCGACCCCUACUCAGCAGCUUUCUACCAGAACUCAUUACAGGAGCCGUCACAGAAACUGUUUUGGGGAAACCAGGGAAGUAACCAGGUGGGCGGCACAGGACUAUGGGCCACUUUGACUAACAAGUUUCCAUUCCUUGGAAACAUGUUCGGCCGGAUGGAGCUGCCUACACAGUACGGUGCACCGAACCAAUACAACGUGCCGACGGUGUACGGUGCUCCCGGAGUAUACCAGCCCCAGUACUAUCCUGGACAGCAAUUCUACCAACAAGUGCCGCCACAGUUUCGCAACAGAUUUGUUCCGUCGGGUCGCGAUGUGAGCAUCACCGACGAUGCUGUGAUAGUGACGCCGCCGUUCGUGCCGUCCAUGGAGCCAGCGCCUGCGCCUGCGCCGGUCCCUGCGCCAGCACCAGCGCCUGCGCCGGUGCCAGCACCGGAGCCCACGCAGGACUUUGGAUAUUCCUACAAUAGACCCCAGUACCGGUUGGAAUUACCACACAAAUAAGGUAUUACACAACUUUCGCAGUCAUAUAUCGUAGAUAUUAAUAUGUACUGUCUUAAAUUUUACUUUUCUUUGUACGCCAAAAAGUAGUUGUCUAUAAAGUGUUAAAUGUGCCAUUUAUAAGAUAAUAUAGAUUCUUACGGUUUUUACAGUUAUUAAAAGUUCGGGGUGCCUAGACAUAAUCACUGUUUGCCAAUAUAAUGCUCUCUUUUUUGUUAAACCAUGAUCAUUUAUUACUAACGUUUGAUGUUCUGGUAUGUAGAACAUCUUAUGCAGAUUUUAUAAACAAUAUUUUGAAACAAAUAGCAUUGUUAAAAAUAACCAAUACUUACAAAAAAAAUAGCAGGGAGAUCUUAAAAAAGUUAACUUGUUUAAAUUAACUGGUAAUUUUAUUCAUGCUCGUUGCUUGUGUACGGUACGGUCUUAACACCGUUCAGUAUUUUCUCACAUAUUUUUUCUAAUAAUAUAAAACAUAGUUACUCUAGUAAUUCAAUAAUAAAGCAUCAUCUUGCCGACAAAUAAUUUUAUUGCACAAUCGACUACGGGUAUUAUAAGUAAUUCACAUCCCUUUUGUAACAAAUUCCAUUGAUUUAAACGAAUAAAGCAAUAAAACAUUCAUUAUAAUA